AUGAAGUUUCUUCCCCUUCCUGAAUUUGAGGAUGUCACUAGUUCCUUGAGUUUCGAUACGGCCGACUGCCACAUCGUCGGCGGGUGUGACCUCUACACGACUAAAGCCGCGCGCGCCGAUCGGAAACUCUACAAGAACAUCGAACAGUCGCUCGAAUCUCAGUAUGAAUCUAUCCUUCGCCUAUCCGCCUCUCUGUCACCUCCAAACGCGUCCGAUGCUGCCGAGACGUUGAAUCUGUCGCGGUCUAGUCCAUUUGGCCCCCUGAGUGAACAUUCGAGCCGACGGACAUUUGCCUACCUCAUCGCGACGCUCAAUGCAAGUCAUCCAGACUAUGACUUCUCACAUGUGCUGCGACCGACCGACUUCAGACGAGAGCGGAACUUGAAGCGGGUCAUGAACACGGUUGAUUCGACGUUACUCAACCUGCGCCCGCGCGAGGCUCUCGGCCUGUCACCCUCAUCUCCAGCCACCCUUUCUGGGUCAUAUAAUGGCGCAUCUUCUGCAUGGGGUCCACGCAUGUGGCGGAUUGUGGAUGAGCAGAUGUCCCUCAAGGAGUGUUCGGUCUACUCGUACUCCCCUGAGGAAGACCCGUCCGAUGCCGAUGACGGUGCGAUCUGGAGUCUCCACUACUUCUUUUUCAACCCGCUUCGCAAGCGCGUCUGCUAUAUGUACUUGCGUGCUAUACCCAUUCUGAGCCACACGCCGCCGGAUGAUGUGGUCGUCACAACCCCGACAGGCAAACGGACGUUCGAUGACGGCUACCUGACCCCGGAUCUGAGCUCCAGCAAGCGAGCCCGGUAUUGGUUGGGUGACCGUGUGCAGCCCUCGCUGCAAGCCAGCGACAGUGACGAGGAGAUGGACAAUGCCCCUACACCCGGGCGUCCGGCCGUGGAUAUUUAUGAUAAUUAUCUUCUGAGUGAUGAGGAGGCCCAAUCGCGGCCUGACCGGAAGGGCACGGUUCGUGCGAUGAGUGAGGAGAUUGCCGACUCCAUGGAGGUUUGA